AUGUUCCUCUUGCGCAAACGCGAAAAGCAAGCGGUCUUCAAGCGCUGGACUAUGGUGUCCUGCGAUGAGCCAACGAGGCUGGAAGAUGCCCAGCAACCUCUCUUGAGCUCAGCAGGCCACAGUCUCCAUCUUUUGGACAUGCAGGCCGGCAAUCUAGCCGGGACAGUUUUGCAGGGUACCGCGCACAAGGAACAGCAGACGCAGGGGCGACUCCUGCAGGCAAGCGCUGUGCGAAUAGUGCCGCUGCAGAGUCGUGCGGCACCCAACCUGACACUGAACCUGGAGCCAGACGAGACUCCUCGUGGCACUCCGGCCGACGCAGAGGUGUUUGUUCAGCCUUCGCUGGCGAAGGGCAUGCCGUUCCACAACGGCUUCCUCUACAAAUUAGGCGAUGGGCUUCUCAACACGGGCUGGAACUUGCGCUAUUUUCUCCUGAUAGGUUGUCAGACGCUGCAGUACUACCGCAGCCAGCACGAAGCAAAGCCUCGCGAUGCCAUCUCCUUGAGCGGCGUGUCGGUGGAGUGGUCCCAUGAUGCCAGCCGACCCUUUACUUUCGUCGUGAGCAAGAGUGGUCAGCGCUCCUUCUGCCUGUCGGGCUGCACGGAGCGCGAGGCUUGCGAGUGGGUGGAGCGCAUCCAGGCACGCGUUGCGGACAUGACGGCC